AUGACUUUCCAUUGUCUACCCAGUCAAAACUGUUUGCCGUGUCGGCAGCGACGGAUCAAGUGUGACCGUGCUAGGCCAGAGUGCUCGCAAUGCAAGAGAGCACACAAGGAAUGCACCGGCUACCGCGACGAAGUCUCGCUUUUAUUCCGAGAUGAGAACGAACGAAUCAUUCGCCGGGCUAAAGCAGCGCACGAACGUUCGCGAGUGAAAGCACAGGCAGGUAAAGACAGACAAGCUUCUAACAGUCAGCCAGAGAAUGCCACAUUCUCUAGACUGGACUCUGGAACCGCGGUUGUCCCGAGCCGGCCCAUGCCUAUGACUUCCUUGGACAUUGAUAACCUAGGUUUGCAAUUCUGCUACCGGCAGUACACCUGUGAGCCUGGUACCGAGAAGGUUUUUCCCCGUGGGUUCCAGCAACAUAUGCUUCGUAUCAUGCAGACAAAUGCCUCUUUCCGAAAUGCAGUCGUUCCUGUCGGACUGGCGACCCUGUCCAACGUCAAUAGGGACCCCUCGAUGUUGACCCUGGCUCGACAGCGAUACGGAACAACGCUCAAGUCAGUUCGAAGCUUUGUCACGAAUCAGUCGCGCGGUGAUAUGGAGUCGCUAUUCUAUGUGAUUAUAGCAAUGGCAGUUUUCGAGACGGUCGACGAGAAGCCCGGAUCGCUAUCCUCACGCCGGACACACCUAGCAGGAAUUGCUGCGCUCCUGAAACAAUCCUCUUUUGCUCAGCGGUUGAAGCUCGAUGCCGGCGCAGAGUCGUGGUAUUACCUGGCUGUGAUUGUGGAUAAUUUCCACGUUUCAGGGCCUUUUCCAGCUGAACUAAAUCGCUGGCCAAUCCAGCGACCGGCGGUGCUCCAGGGUAAUGAGCAGACUUGCGAAUUAAUCGACAUUCUCAUCGAGUUCGUUCGCUUGCGCUCGAGUCUCCGGUUCAACCAAGAAGCCAAAGCAGAAGUAGCGCUGCGCAAAGCAGUCGACCUUGAAAAGCAACUCCAGUCGUGGAAAGAUCGUCUCCCAGCGGAUCGCUCUUGCACCAUCAAAGAAGCUGCGGACAAGGACAUGCCGGGAACGUUCUACGGGCAGUAUCAUGUCUACCAGGACGCCUGGGCCCAUUGGGUACUGCUUCAUUACAGCUUAGGCCGCUUGCUUGUCAACGAGGUGAUUGUGACAUCGAUAGCGCAGAUUGAAGAGUUCUCUUCUGAGCAGAUCGCACAGAGAGCGCGGGCACUGGCUGUAAUAAACCAAAUGGCGGCUGAUAUCUGCAUCGUGAUAGCAACCCAUACCCGUGACCAACGAGGGUUGAGGUGA